AUGUGUCAUGGUGUGCCAAGAUGUGUCAUGGUGUGCCAAGAUGUGUCAGGGAGUGCCAAGAUGUGUCAUGGUGUGCCAAGAUGUGUCAUGGUGUGCCAAGAUGUGUCAGGGAGUGCCAAGAUGUGUCAGGGAGUGCCAAGAUGUGUCAGGGAGUGCCAAGAUGUGUCAGGGAGUGCCAAGAUGUGUCAUGGUGUGCCAAGAUGUGUCAUGGUGUGCCAAGAUGUGUCAUGGUGUGCCAAGAUGUGUCAUGGUGUGCCAAGAUGUGUCAGGGAGUGCCAAGAUGUGUCAUGGUGUGCCAAGAUGUGUCAUGGUGUGCCAAGAUGUGUCAUGGUGUGCCAAGAUGUGUCAGGGAGUGCCAAGAUGUGUCAGGGUGUGCCAAGAUGUGUCAGGGAGUGCCAAGAUGUGUCAUGGUGUGCCAAGAUGUGUCAGGGAGUGCCAAGAUGUGUCAGUGAGUGCCAAGAUGUGUCAUGGUGUGCCAAGAUGUGUCAGGGAGUGCCAAGAUGUGUCAUGGUGUGCCAAGAUGUGUCAUGGUGUGCCAAGAUGUGUCAGGGAAUCCUCUCGGAUCAGGAACCAGUCUUGUGGCAAGUUUCUCAAAUUUCACAGUCCCGCUUCUGUGUAUCUUUGUUCUCCACGCAGGUGCUGCAUAUUCCAGACGGCGUCUCACAUCGGUUGCAAAGAAGGUUCUGA